GCGAUAGGGGCGGGGAGAGGGAAGGACCAGACCAAGCCCCAGCCCUCCUCGGGGCUAGGACCAGGAAGCGCUGGGGGGACAGGAGCGGAGUUGAGACUGAAGCCAGGAUGGUGGCGUCCUCGCUGAAGCUUCAGGAACUAAUCCAGGAGAUUCGUGAGGCCAAGACCCAGGCCCAGGAGCGGGAGGUGAUCCAGAAAGAGUGCGCCCACAUCCGGGCCUCUUUCCGCGAUGGGGACCCUCUGCACAGACACCGCCAGCUGGCCAAACUGCUCUACGCCCACAUGUUAGGCUACCCCGCCCACUUUGGACAGAUGGAGUGCCUGAAACUGAUCGCCUCCCCCAGGUUCACAGACAAGAGGGUGGGCUACCUGGGGGCCAUGCUUCUACUGGAUGAGAGGCAGGAUGCCCACCUGCUCAUUACCAACAGCAUCAAGAAUGACCUGAGCCAGGGGAUUGAGGCUGUCCAAGGCCUGGCCUUGUGCACGCUGAGCGCCAUGGGCUCUGCUGAGAUGUGCCGGGACUUGGCCCGGGAGGUGGAGAAGCUGCUCCUGCAGCCCAGCGCCUACGUGCGCAAGAAGGCUGUUCUGACUGCAGUGCACAUGAUCCGGAAGGUCCCUGAACUCUCUGACAUCUUCCUCCCACCCUGUGCCCAGCUGCUUCAUGAACGCCACCAUGGCAUCCUUCUGGGCACCAUCACGCUGAUCACUGAGCUCUGUGAACGAAGCCCUGCAGCCCUCAAGCACUUUCGCAAGGUGGUACCCCAGCUGGUGCACACCCUCCGAACUCUGGUGAUGACAGGAUGCUCCACAGAACACAGCAUAUCUGGAGUCAGCGACCCAUUCCUGCAGGUCCAGAUACUUCGUCUGCUUCGCAUUCUGGGCCGGAACCACGAGGAGAGCAGUGAGACCAUGAAUGACUUGCUGGCCCAGGUAGCCACAAACACAGACACCAGCCGAAAUGCGGGCAGCGCAGUUCUGUUUGAGACGGUGUUGACUAUCAUGGACAUCCGCUCUGCUGCGGGCCUGAGGGUUCUAGCUGUCAACAUCCUUGGCCGCUUCCUACUCAACAGUGACAGGAACAUUAGAUAUGUGGCCCUGACGUCCUUGCUGAAGCUGGUGCAGUCUGAUCACAGCGCGGUGCAGCGGCACCGGCCCACCGUGGUGGAAUGUCUGCGGGAACCUGACGCCUCCCUCAGCCGGCGGGCCCUGGAACUGAGCCUGGCCCUGGUGAACAGCUCCAACGUGCGGACCAUGACUCAGGAGCUGCAGGGCUUUCUGGAGUCCUGCCCCCCUGAUCUACGGGCCGACUGUGCCUCCGGCAUCCUACUGGCAGCAGAGAGGUUUGCCCCAACCAAGCGGUGGCACAUAAAUACCAUCCUCCGUGUGCUGACGACGGCAGGCAGCUAUGUGCGCGAUGAGGCAGUGGCCAACCUGAUCCAGCUGAUUGGGGGCGCCCAGGAGCUUCACGCCUACUCUGUGCGCCGCCUCUACAGCGCCCUGGCUGAGGACAUCUCCCAGCAACCACUGGUGCAGGUGGCAGCCUGGUGCAUCGGGGAAUACGGAGAUCUCCUGCUGGAGGGGACCUGUGAGGAGACUGAGCCCCUGCAGGUGGGCCCUGCGUUAGGGGUACACGGAAGAGGGACAUGUGAGGGGAGGCAGGGCCGGCCCCAGGGUCACCCUCUGUGUCCGCGCCCCCUCCGGAAGGUGGAGGAAGACGUGGUGUUGACACUGCUGGAAAGGGUGCUUCAGUCUCAUAUGUCCCUGCCGGCCACCAGGGGAUAUGCCCUCACGGCCCUCAUGAAGCUUAGCACCCGGCUCCAUGGGGACAACAACCGCAUCUGCCAGGUGAUGUCCAUCUACGGGAGCUGCCAGGACGUGGAGCUGCAGCAGCGGGCAGUGGAGUACAAUGCCCUCUUCCGGAAGUACGACCACUUGAGGGCUGCUGUCCUGGAAAAGAUGCCUCUUGUGGAGCGGGGUGGCCCUCAGGUCAAUGAGGAAGCAAAGGAAAGCAAAGAAGUAGCCCAGCUUUCAGAAGCAGCCCCUGUCCCCACGGAGACCCAGGCCUCAAAGCUCUUGGAUCUGUUAGAUCUCCUGGAUGGCCCUUCUGAGAAUACCCAGCACCCUCCCCCUCUGGAUCCCACCCCAGGAGACACUUUGAUACACCUCCUUGACCUUCCCUGCGCUCCCCUACCCUCUGCUCCCAUCCCAAAUCUCAAAGUAUUUGAGCGUGAAGGACUUCAGCUGACUCUUUCUUUUGUUCGACCCCCUGGAACUCCUACUUUGCUGUUAAUCACUGUCACUGCCACCAACACCUCAGGGGGUGACGUCACCCACUUCAUCUGCCAGGCGGCUGUGCCCAAGGUUUGUAGAAGACCAGGACUCAGAGGUAGCCUGGAUACUCCAGGAAAAAAAGCCACUAAGGAGAGGAGGUGGCAGGGGUGGUGGGAGGAUGAGAUGAGAAGGGAGGGACUGCAGAGACAGGCACUUGGGGAGUUGCAGGAAGAGGGUUUAAAACUAUUGGGUGUGGAGUGGUUGCCUGAGCCAGCCUCACUGUGUGCUCUGUCCAACCUCCUAUGUUCAGAGUUUCCAGCUACAGCUACAGGCCCCCAGUGGAGACACUGUUCCAGCCCAGGGUGGCCUUCCGAUGACCCAGCUGCUCAGAAUCCUCAAUCCUAACAAGGUGAGCUCCAGGAGCCCCUCGAGGCUGAGACCUAGGGCAGGGAGGAGUCAUCUGUGCUUACCCUGGUCUUCGCUCUCCUAUUCCUAGGCCCCCUUGCGGCUGAAGUUGCGCCUCACCUACGACCACUUUGGCCAGUCGGUACAGGAAAUCUUUGAGGUGAACAACUUGCCUGUGGAGACAUGGCAGUAACUCAGCCUCCACUCAGAACCUGAAAUCCUGUGUCCCCAGAUCGGGAGCCCCAGCUACUUGGAGCCAUAUCUGAGGGUGACCAGCAGGUGGCACUCUGGUCCUGUGCUUGCUGCUGCAGAAACUGGGGUGGGGGAACCCCACAAAUGAUGAAAGCCCAAUAAAGCCCAAGGGAGCAAAGCCAUA